GCUGGACAAGAUUCGCACUUUGGCCGAGCAAUCCCAUGUUCUCCUCAGAGCUGAAGUUUCAGACACAGGGUGAACUCUGCCUCGGGCGGCAUCUUCUUCACGUGGAUGCCUCCCAUGGCAGCGAGUCCGUGAUCGGGCAGGGCGCUCUUGCGCUCUUCACCGAGUUUGCGAAGCUUCGGCCGGAGGUGGAGGUUCGACACCUUCGACUUUGGGAGGAUGAGGAGCUGAGAGCCCGGAUGGAGUACUCGCUGCGGCAUGUCCGAGCCAAGAUGGCGAGGAUGUCCCAGCGCGGGUCCGAGGAGGAUGUCCAGUGCUUCGCCAACAUCGAGCUGCUUGCGGCGGAGAUAGCGACGGCACGAGGACUGGUGAUAUCGGCGCCCAUGUGGAACUACGGAGUACCCUGGGUGCUGAAGCAAUACUUCGACGCCGUGCUGCACCCAGGCUUGAGCUUCCAAGAGGCGGAGGGCGGGUGUCGGGGCCUGCUGGGCGGCGGCCGGCCCCUGGUGCUGCUGACCUCCGCGGGCGGCGGCGCGCAGAAGGAUCACCUCACGCCCUGGGUGCUGGAUGUGGGGGCGAUGCUGGGCUUUGACGAGCCCAAGGUGGUGGCGGUGGCGCACCUCGCGCGCGACCGCGACGCCGCGCUGCGGUCGUUAGAGGCGGCGGCGGCGCCGGCAGCGCGGCACCUUGCUGAGUCGGGGAGGUCAAAGGAGGCCACGGAAGAACCGGAGCCGGACUGUGGCUACGAGGAGCUGCUGCCCUGGCUGCAGUCGCGAGGCUUGGGCGAGGAGGCGCUGGACACGCUGCGCGCGGCCAAAGUCGGCGGGGAGAUGUUCCUCGGCGCCUCGGCGGAGGAUUGGGAGAACGAGGAGCUGGGGCUCAGCGAGCAGGAGGUGCGUCAGCUGCUGCGCCUGCAGGAGGAGUUCCGAGCCCUUUAG